GGUCAGAAUUGGGGGGCCAGUACCUGAGGAGGCUGGGUGUUGGGAUCUGGGGCUGGGGGGUCAGGAGUUAGGGGUCAGUGCACAGGAAGGCCAGGAGUUGGGGUUUGGAGCAAUGGGGGAUCUGGGCCUGGGGAGGUAUGGGGGGGUGGGGCGAGGACAGCGCCCCCAGUCCCAUUCGGGUCCGGCCAGGACCCAGCCAGUGCGCAUGAGCAGAGGCGCCGGAAGGGGCGGGGCUUGGUCGUUUGGCCCCACCCCCUCAUGCCUUCUAGAACUCCGGGUGCCCCCAACACCUGUACGUCCCUUUCAUUUCCUGCCCACCACGUGGCCAACGUCAGGUGAGAUCACAGAGGUCAGGAUGCAUGGACCUUAGGGUUCACAUGCUGGCAGCUGGAGCUGGGGUGUGAGGGACUGAGGUGGGGUCCCUGGGAUGGGAUCCCUGGGGUUUAGGGCACCUGGGGCGGGGUCCUUGGGAUGGGAUGAUCUUGGGAGACAGAAGAGGUCUGCGGGGCCUGGGGAGUCCCUGGGUGCAAGGCCCAGGAGGGGAGCGUCGCUGGGGUAGGGGACUCAGGACUGGCCCUGGGGGACCUGCCCAGCACUUUCCAGCCUGUCCUCAAGUAGCUGCUCAUAGGGCCCAGGUGUCACUGGACACAGGUGGGCUCCGGGUGCCCCCCUCCGACCCUCAAACCAAGGCUCGAGGCUGGAGCAGUGACCAGCUGGAGGACAUGGACAGCAAGGAGCACAGGGACCCUCCAGGAACAGAGACUGAGAAGCCCCGGGCUUCCCAGCCUCCCUCUCCACCGCGCAGCCUGACAGUCGGCUGGAUGCUCCCACACCCUGGCAUCCAGCAUGUGCCACCUACAGAGGACUGGGUCUGCGACCCUCCUGAGGGCGGCAGGCGUCCACAGCGCCACUGGAGCCUGAGCAUUGAGGAUCGGCGGCAGCUGGCCAUGCGUGGGUGCCGGGAGCAUCUCGGGGGACCCUCCCUAUACCUGGACAUGGCACAGCUGGUAGCACAGCUGGCGUCUGAGGUCGUGGACAAAGAUGUGCUCUUCCGGCGGUCACCUGCAUCCCCUGAGGUGGCCAGCACCCUCUGGGACUUCCUGGACCACUGCACACACUUCUGGCAGAACACGAUGGCUAAGGAGGCCACAGGGUCCCCACCCCGCUAAAGCCCCA